AUGGAAGAACUACCAUUUGAUGAGGAGAAUGAAUUACAGAAUGAUGAAGAAGAACAUAAUCUAGUACCGCUGCCUGGGGAAGAAGUGGAGGAAGUAAAUGAAGAAAAUGAAGAAAGAGAAAUUCAAAACCAAACAGAAAGUCAAAGUUUAAAUUCGGCAAUUUUUAGGAAAGAAAUCGAAAGAUUGAUAUUAAUAGUUUUUACAUUAAUAUUAAUAAUUUUGAGAUAUUACUAA